AUGUCCACCUUCCCCCGACCUCCCCCUCGCCCCGCAGAUACCGACGAGCCCUCACCUGACAUACCCCUCCUAUCAGCAACUCCCGAGCAGCUCUUUAUACGUCUCAAGGAGUUGGUCGCUUUGGCUAAGGUGGUUCGGGCCGAGGGACCGCCUAAUGCUGCUCGGAGGGCGUACGAUCUGUUAGAGGUGAGAGAGAGGAUCAUCUUUCUCCUUGAUAGAAGGACCCAGGCGCGGAUGAUGAGGGUGCACAAGGCGGGGACAGCUUGUGUCGCAUCCGUCUUGUAUCGACACGUCCAUAUCAAUGUCAUGAAAGGCAUGUCCCAGAUCAUCCCGAGACGAGCUGUCUGUUGUCUCGCCGUCCGCUCGCUCGACAUCAGCCCCAGGCCGGACGCUGUCGACCCUUUCGGGCGGUUGGCUGCGUUCGAACGGCGCGCCGGUGAACACGCUCGAGCCAUCGGCCUCGCCCAUAUACAGGAAAAUCUCCAAUCAUGGCGCAAGAAGCCGCAGUUCUGGCAAUCCCCCUUCGAGCCGCCAGUCUUCCCUCCUACCCCUCAACUCACAGGCGCCACCAUCCGCAAACACACCAUAAUCAUCCGCUUAGCCAAUCGCGGCCGGGGCUUCGAGGACGAAUAUCAUCCUGAACCGUCGGCCGUCCACUCCCGUCAAUGGACGGAGUACCUCUUCCUCAAUCCUGCACUCGAUCGUAGAGUGAGCGGUAUUGAUCUCAAUGAAGCCCCAUGGCUCAAUCCGCCCUACGAGGGGCUCCUCGCUUUCACCAGCUCGCGGAUGACAGACACAGUCAGCUCGCUGGUGGAAUGCACGGUCUCGGACAAGGCAGCAAUGUCUAUCGAGGCUUUCCGGGCUCUACCUGCCACCCUGGCUCCCCAUCUGCGCGUCCUCCAGCUAUCUAUCGCCAACUUCGCCCGCUUCCCCGAGGUCCAGACGGGUAUAAUCAUCCUAGACGUCUCCCUCCCCUUCCUCGACGAAUUCACCAUCGACUGCGCCAGAGCUGUGGACGUCCAGGAAUCUCGAUUGACAGGCGCUCAGGCCCCCCUCGCCGGCAUGAACGGACUCCGUCGGUUCAACAUCCUCUACCAUCUUGUCGUGCCCCUCCAAUCCCUCGCGGAACACAUCUGCCGCCUGGGAAGCAAUGAGGUGGUGUUUCACUUUGGUGGCAUCAAGUCCAAAGAGGGGAAGAGAGACUUUCAUAAGCUGGCUCAGGAGCAUGUACUGUCCGCCCGUGGGAUCCCGCUGGGCAAGGUCAUUGCGGGGAUACGUUGGAUCGUUAUCCCGGAGCAGGCCCAAGGGGCUAAGAUUAUGAGCGAGUCUCAAGUGGGCAUACCAGGCGCAGGCGAGUGGAGAGGGUGGUGA